AUGAAUAAUAGCUUAAAAUAUGUUGAGUUUUUAUAAAACUAAAGUCAGACAAGCCCUUCUUUUAAAAAUCUUAGAAUAGAAAGUGAUUCACCAACAGUGAGCAACUACUUUUAAUAGAUGAUAAAUUCUUAACAAUCUGUUGGAAACAAGAUUUCAUCAUCAGAAACUCCAACUAUGAAGAAAACAUAAUCUUUUAAAAAUAAUUUUUAGGUUUAUAAAAUAGAACAAAAUGAAGGGUAUUUAAAUUAAUAAAUUGACGAAUAAAAUGCAAUAAUGGAGCUAGAAUAAGAUUUAAAAAAUUAAAGCGAAUAUUAAAAAGUAAAUGGGUAGGUAAAAAAAAUGAAUGUCUUUGAAAAUGAGUAAUACAAUUUGGAAAGUGUGGAUGUUAAGAAAGAAGAUUUUACUAACAGUUUUUCAGAAUUAAAGCAAAGUAAAGAAAGUGAGCAUUUUUUUGAAGAUAACGAUGCAAACGAUAUUUAAAUUCAAAGCUCUACUGAUCACAGUAGAAUUCUGUAAGAAUCAAGCUAGAAAAAAUAAAGGUAUCUUUAAGGUAGUGAUAAUAGCAAAUAGUCAAAGAUAGAAAAUAAAAAAAGAAGAUUUGAUUUAACAAAAUAACUAUUUUACGAUAAAGAUAUAGAGUGCAAAUACAAUCAAAAUACAAAUUCGUAUAGUGGAAAUUGUUCCUUGCACAACUAAGAAAUGUUUCACUUUCUUUGUUUUUCUUGCUCUGAAUUGCUUUGCAAUGAAUGUGUGAAUAUUCAUGUGGGUCACCAAAUACAAACUAUUGAAAAUUCAUAUCCAUAUUGUAAAAGAAAUAUUCAAUCUAUGCUGGAUAUUUUAAAUUAAAAAAUAGAAAAGAUGCUUAUUCAUUCAGAAGACUUAACCAGCAUACAAAAUGAUGUUAUUGAAACUUACUAGCAAUAAAAGCAUGAAAUAGAAAGGGCAUAUAAGGCUCUCAUUUAGAGUAUAAAGGCCUAGUCCACUGAGCUUCUAGAAUAUUGCUCUAAGUUGUACCAUGAAAACUACGAUUACAUAAUAAAUUAGCACUACAACUUAAGACAGGAGUUAAGCAAAAUGAUUGAAUCUUACAGGAUAAUAGAAAAAAAUAUGGCAAUCAAUGAUCAAUUCAUAACAUGUGAUUAUUAUUUGAAAAAGAUGAAACUCAUUAAUUCAAUAAUUAAUGCUGAGAAGGCAGAGAUGAAUUAGUUUUACCAAUCUUCGCCUUCGUCUUCUUUUUAUUUGUUUAAUAUGAAUGAUUAAUUCAAAGCUAUGAAUGUAUCUUAGCUCUAUCAAAAUAGUAGACUCAACAUUAACGAUUAAAUUAUGACUCAUUAUUUAGAAAGGGAGUUCGUAUAACUCAAGAUCAACUUAGGCAAGCUAGAUUUGAAGGUAGAAAACUAACAAAAUAUGAUGAAUGAAUAAAUAGAAUUAGAGGAUAGGAGCACCAGCAGAUUUAAUGCUGAAUCUAAUUUUGAGAGCCCAGGAAGCAACAAAAUUUAAACAAAGAAUUAUUUUAUGAGCUUACAAUCUUCACCUUAAAGUAGAUAGUCAUUCAACUAAAUGCAAAAUCAAGUUUCCUCAAUAUAAAAAAACUAAAUUAUGAAAUAAAGUGACUUAAUUUUUCAAAAAUGUAAUAAAGUGUAAAACUAAGACAAUUUAAGUUAACAAGGUUAACAAUAUACAAGAACUUUCCUUCCAAGCCAUAUUUAAAAUAAAAUAUAAUAGCUGAAACUGUUUGAUAAAUCAAAUCAUAGCUAAUACUAUAUAAAUUCUAGUAAUUAGCAAUAAGAAAAUUUUUUAUAAGCAAAAGACUUGAAUUAGGUAUGUGAGAUGCAGUAAAAUGUAAAUCACUUCAACUCAACUGCCUGUAUCUUAAACAGUGAACCUUAUAACAAUUAAGUUCAUUAAAUUACAUCAAAUUAUAAAAAUUUACCAUACAAAGACAGACUCAAGCUAGAGAUUAAAACAUAAAAUACCUACUUGAACGCAAGCAAUAUGACAAACUUAAGCAAUAACAGUUCAAGAAACAUCAUAGCAACAACAAAGUCACAUUCUCCAAAUAAGUUUUAUUUGGGAGAUAAUUCAGAGUAGAGAAACUCUCUUCUCUCACAAAAUAAAGAAUCAAAAAUAAUUUUAAGUUCUCCUAACUAAGAGAAUCCUUUACUUUAAAUUAACUCUGAGAAAGCUGAAAAAGAUAUCUCUUCAAGAGAUUCUUUUGGAUCUAAUAAGUAGUACAAUUUGUUAGAUGAUAAAUAACGUUUAAAAUUAAGUAUGAGUCCAAGACUAGACCUAAAGCACGAUCUUUUUUCGAUAAGCAGAAGAAAUAAAAGUUUUAUUCUACCUGAUUAGAACAAAGAAAUAAACGGAGUCAGUAAAUAUAACAAAGAGAUUGAAGAAAUUAAAUCAAUAUUAUACUAAGAACCAUCUUAGUAAUUUAAAAAGACUCCUCGAAACCAAAAUUUUCAACAGAAUAAAAUGAAUUAUAAAAAUCAAUCUGAACUUUCUCCAAUCAGCUCUUUGUUUGUUUAGAAUCCUUCAAAUAGAGAUUCUGAUAAAAGUUAUAAUAAAUGUUUAAAUUAAAAUGAUAAAAACUCAUCCUUCAUCAGCAAAGCUAUAAGAGAAGAGAGGGACAAAUCUCCUAAUUUCUUUUAAUACAAAACUUUAUAAUAAAAUUUUAAUUCUUAAGCAGAUUCAGUUCCUUGUCUUACUCCAAAAUGUGAUAAUAUUGUAGGAUCUCUUUACAACUAAGCCUAAAAUGAAAAAUUCCUGAAUUCUCACUUUUAACUAGAAGGGAUUUUGAACACAAUUGGCAAAACAGACAAUAAAUUCAACACGUAAAAUGCAACAUCUAAGGUUAAAAACCUAAGCAACUUAGAGAAUUUAAUUCAAACUCACCAUAGCUCUUCAAAUCUAUCACCUAAUUCUUAAUCUUUCUUAAAUUUUUUGAGUAAAAAUAGUACUCCUAUCAGCAAUAAAAUAAGCUAAAAGUAGUCAAUUCGCUCGAUUUCAAAUCAUCAAUUUGAAGAAUCUCCAAUAAAUAAAAUUCAAAAAGGGAAAUUGACUGAAUAGCUAGUUUAAAAUUAUAUAAAGCAAAAAUUUUAAAAUUAAUUUGUUGAAAACAAAAAAGAGUAAAGAUGA